UGCCAUAAUGGCGCCCAUGGAUUACGACGACGAUCUAGAGGAUGGAAACGAGAAGUACCAUGAGUCAUCGGACGACGAUUUCAAUCCAGAGACAGCACCCGUCCAAGAAGUCUCGAGUUCCGAAGACGAAGACGAUGCGACCGCAAAACCAGCACAGCGCAAGGGCAAGCGGAAGGCACCUGCAGAUGAGGAUCUCGACUCUGGGGACGAGGUCACAAUACAAGCUGCGCGGAAGAAGAGAGCAAAGAAGAACAAGAAGGGAACCAAGGACACUGCCGAUGAGGAUGUGAUUCUGUCGGACGACGAUGAGGGCGGCGAGGGCGGACUGAUCAAGACCCGAGCGCAAAGAAGAGUCGAGAAGAAGGAGCGUAAACCACUAGCAAGGACCGAUGGCGCCACUGUCGACGUGGACGCGCUAUGGGCCCAGAUGACGGCCGUGCCAUUGCAACCCUUACAACCCCUCAUACCUCAAGAAGAAGCGCAUGUAUCCAAGCCCGAAGCUACAAUCACCAACGUCCCACCACCAAUCGAAGAAGAAGAACAAGUCACAGUCAAGAAAGUCUACACGUUUGCUGGACAGGACACGACCGAGGAAAAGCAAAUACCACGCUCACAUCUCGACAAGUACAUCUCGGAUGGCUGGAAAACACCCGAUGCUCCUCCUGCUACAGCACACCCCAUCGAAGAGAACGCAAUAGACACCGAGCAACCAGCUCAAUCCAAAAUCCGCCGUCCACUUCGCCGCCCUACACGCUUCGAUCCCAACCCCACAGGCUACGUCCGUGCCCUCGCCCCAGAACACCAACUCUCGUGGCCGCGAAAGGGCAUCUCGACACUACGCCAAGCGCAAGAGAAUGUGCCCGAAUUCGAAGUACCCAAGGUCAGGGUCGAGAAAGCGCAGAAGCUGAACGUGGUGGACAAGUCACGCAUGGACUGGUCUGGGUUUGUGGACAAGGAAGGCAUCGCGGAGGAACUGGACACACAUGGCAAGACCAAGGAAGCCUAUCUGGGCAGAAUGGAGUUCUUGGCUGGUGUGGAGGCAAAGCGAGAGGAAGAGAGGCUGCGAAUGAAGACUGCUGCUGCAACCGCGACGACUUGAGAAGGUGGUUUUGGAUGCUUGAGAUGCGUACAUAGUUAAUGAUACCCCCUUAGAUGUUUCUAUAGAGAUUGUCACAGCUCAGGUCACGACAUAUGCAUAUAAAAACACUGUUACUGAGCAUGAGCAUAUGUAUUUUAGGAUGUGAACACAAGUCUCCUCAAAGCGACACAAGCUAAGGGCAGGCAUUGAAGGGUAUACGCGAGCCAAAGGAGCGUGAGAAGAUGAUGUCAGAUGCCAAAAAGCUACACAAACAUUCGGAGACUGUAGGAAAUAAACAAUAUGGAAGGAAAGAAUAUCCCGUUUCCGCCUCGAUCUACAACCAACCAGCUCUCCCUAUACUCUUCCGACUCGAAUAUAGAAAUGGAGUCCAUGUAUGUGGUGGUAAUCUCCUCUGAGUUGCUAGUGUUCAUGGCGCGUGAAAAAGAGACCGAGAAAUAAAAGAAUGAGACAAUGAAAGACGACAUGUCGACUCCCCCACAAA